UCGCAGAGUCUGUCUCAGCAUGUUCACGAGAGAUCCUCAUCUUAUCUAAUUUGUCGACAAUGACUAUCAGUCUCCAUCGUUCAGCCUUUUUUGAGGCUAUCCUCAAGCAUGAGGGGUCUUCGGUCGCUGUAGUGGAGAACGAAUCUGGCGCAAGCUUCUCUUACAGCUCAUUGCUUAAUAGCGUUGCGCAUGCCAAAGAGCAGCUACUGGCCCUGACGGGGAAAUGCGAUACUAGUAUUUCCGGCGAGAGAAUCGCUUUCAUGGUGGAAAGUGGCUAUGAAUAUGUUGUGACACUGUUGGCCAUCCUUGCUUGCAACGCAAUUGCUGUGCCACUGGCCCCUUCUUUCCCUGCGCCUGAACUAAGAUACAUCAUCAACAACAGCGAGGCCCUCGUUCUCAUCUCUUCAGCCAAGUAUGCUUCCAAAGCCGAGGAAGUACUCGCGGAAGGCUUGGACAGCAUCCCCUUGUUCUACCAACUUGAUGGAACGCGAAACAUUUCUACAAUUGAGGAAGAAGUCAAGUUGCGUGACUUCUCAGAUGAACCUCGCGGCGGCAUGAUGCUUUUUACCUCCGGAACAACUGCACGACCCAAAGGUGUCGUUCUGUCUCAGACAAAUCUCACAGCUCAAGCAAAGUGUCUUCUGGAAGCAUGGACUUAUGCCCCCAGCGAUAGGCUCUUGCAUGUCUUGCCACUUCAUCACAUCCACGGCACCGUCAACGCUCUUCUCACACCGCUGCUGGCAGGUAGCAGCAUUGAGUUCAUGUAUCCGUUUAACGUGAACUCUGUCUGGACAAGGCUGGCUGCGCCAUUCUUACCAGCUGAACAAGCAAAUGGCCACUCUCAAAACCACGUUGGGAAGACCAAUGGUGUUCAGAAAGACGAGACAAAAACGCCCGUCACUUUCUUCACCGCCGUCCCCACGAUCUGGUCACGAAUGCUGAAAGCCCACGAAUCUUUAUCACACGACAUGCAAGCGGCCGGCAAAAUAGCCGUAUCUCCAAAGCAUCUACGACUUAACAUCUCCGGCUCAGCAGCUCUUCCGAAGCCAAUCCGCGAUGGCUGGAUGCAGCUCACGGGCGGAAACGUACUUCUCGAGCGCUACGGAAUGACUGAAGUCGGAAUGGCACUUUCUUGUGGUCUUGAGACUGCCGACCGUGUUGACGGUUCUGUGGGCUGGCCACUGCCAUCUGUCGAAGCUCGCCUCAUGGAAACUGACGACGAAACCGGACUUCAAAGGAUCAUUGAACAUGGUGCCGAGAUCGAUAGUCAUUCUGGAAAGGAGCGUAUUGGAGAGAUUCAACUUCGUGGACCCACUGUCUUCAAUGGAUAUUGGCGCAACCCCGAGGCCACUACGAAGGAGUUUACUACCGAUGGAUGGUUCAAGACAGGCGACAUCGCCAUUCGACGGAGGGUCACAGAAUCUGGUGUCGGAAAAUCAGGCUCCUGGGCAAAAGGACCAGCGUACUUUAUCCAAGGCCGCCGCAGCGCAGAUAUCAUCAAGACAGGCGGCGAGAAAGUCUCAGCCCUCGAAAUCGAACGAGAGAUCCUUGCCCUCCCCGAAAUCGACGAGUGUGCGGUCGUUGGUCUGCCGUCUGAAGCGUGGGGUCAGAAAGUCGCAGCUGUGGUUGUUGUCAGCAACAAGACUGGUGAAUCGAUGAGUCUGCAGAGUUUGAGGAGUGCGUUGAAGCCGAGGAUCACGGCGUAUAAGAUUCCGCAGGAUAUGGAGAUUGUUGAGGUUUUGCCACGGAAUGCUAUGGGGAAGGUUAAUAAAAAGGAAUUAGUAAAGAGUGUCUUUGGAGAGGCUGAGAGGAUUAGGAGAAGGAGUAUUGAUCUUCAAACAAAGCGGCCUGUUAUGAAUGGGCAACGCGGUUAAAUUGUAUUCAUUGGGAACAUGUUUUGAAU